AACUGAAUUCAGGGGCUUCUGUUUUCACUUCACACCGACAAGCUGUGUAUCAGACGCGUGAAGGUGAAGGUGAAGGAGAAGGAUACGAUGAGUUCUUGCAGGAGUUUAGUAGGAUUAGCGGCGUAUGCAACUGGAGCUAUAGUCAUGGCUGCUGGAGGAUAUUAUUAUGUUCAUAAGUGUGGACAUGAGGAGCGGAGGACGGAGGCCUUCGAAGGCACACCUGUCGACGAAGACCCAGUGCAGAUUGUCUCUUCAGGCUUUCUGCAGUCUUCUGAUGGACACAAGGACACACAGAUGGACAAGGCCAACCCUGAGGGGUGUCUGGAAAAGGCCGAAGAGAAGGAUGAGGAGGAUGAGGUGUCCGUUGUUCAGUUGAACAGCGAGGAGCUCCAUGUGCCGAACCUGGUGGAGAAAGUCACGCAGCUGGAGAAACUGUUCUCUGUGGUUCACAGAAAGUCUGAGAUAAAAAGCAAGGAGCUUGAGCAGGAGCGACAGGCUCAGAGAGUCCUGAAGGAGAAGUAUGAAGACAUGAAGAAUAAUCUGGAGCACGAGAACUCCAACCUGAAGGACCAGGUCAAAACACUGCAAGGGUCAGUGGAGAAGUUGGAGGGAGAACCCCAUGAGAUGUGUGAAGAGAAAUUGAAGAGUCAGAAGUGCGAGCUGAUGAAGCUGGAGGAGAUAAGGAGAAAUAUGGAGGAGAUGCUCUUUGAGGUGGUCAGAGAGUUUAAGAAGGAACGCAAGGAGCGGGAGCGAGAGCGUCAGUAUUACUGCGACCUUUUGGCCGGUUACGAAGACACUAAGGAAAGGCUGGAGUACAAGAACUCCAACCUGAAGGACCAGGUCACAACACUGCACGGGUCAGUGGAGAAGUUGGAGAGAGAACUCCAUGAGACCCAGCAAAUGUGUGAAGAGAAAUUGAGGGGUCAGAAGUGCGAGCUGAUGAACCUGGAGUUCAGAAGGAAGAAUCUGGAUGAGAUGCUCUUUGAGGUAGUCAGAGAUGCUGGGCUGAUAAUCAAGUCCUGUCUGGAUGAAGCUGAGGAGAGAGCUAAGAUUGCUCUAGAGUCCAACGCUCAGCUGGAGCACGAGAACUCCAACCUGAAGGACCAGGUCACAACACUGCAAGGGUCAGUGGAGAAGUUGGAGAGAGAACUCCAUGAGACCCAGCAGAUGUGUGAAGAAAAAUUGAAGAGUCAGAAGUGCGAGCUGAUGAAGCUGGAGGAGAUAAGGAGAAAUAUGGAGGAGAUGCUCUUUGAGGUGGUCAGAGAGUUUAAGAAGGAACGCAAGGAGCGGGAGCGAGAGCAGAAGGAUCACACAAACCUUUUGUCCCAGUAUGAACACAUUAAGGGCUGUCCGGCUGACACUCAGAAGAAUGCUCAGAAUACUCAGCGCUGCAGUACGCUGGAGAAAGAGAUGCUCACCCUGAUGGAACAUCUGAAAUGUAUGCAGGGCUUAUUAGAGGACCCUGUAAGGUCAGAACUGUAAUGUCAGAAGAUGUUCAGGGAAGGAAAACAUCCCCAUCAUCCUGACACCGUGCUGCAAUACUAUAAGAUUUUACUCAUCACUUAGAAGCUCAUGCUGUGUGGGUACAUUUUGUUUUCAUUCAUAUACCUCAGCUGCUAUGUAUGCAAAUCAGUGUGCGUAUUACAUGGUACAACCGUUCACACCUGUAGAACAUUACUGUGUACUUCAUAAAGCGUUAACAGAUUUUGUAUGGAAUGUAGUAUCCGGAAAUAAACUACAGA